AUGGAAGAAAAAGUUUAUUCAGAAAAGAAAGGAUGUGUGUUUUGUGGACCUUGUCUUUUAUUUGAUAGAGAUAUUUAUUCACAAUUUUCAAAAGAUGGUUUUAAUGAUUGGAAAAAUGCAGAAAGUAGAGUAAGCCAACAUGAAAAUUCCACCAAACAUAAAUCGAAUUUGAUUACUUUAAAAGAAAGAGCAAAUACAUUAGGAACAAUAAACGUUAGUUUAACAAAACAGUUAGAUGAACAUAUUAUUUAUUGGGAAAAUGUAUUGAGACGGGUAGUUGCUACAGUUAAAGCUUUAUCAUCCAGAGGUCUUCCCCUUAGAGGUCACAACGAAAAAUUUGGGUCAACUCAGAAUGGUAAUUAUUUAAUGGCUAUGGAACUUAUCUCUGAGUUUGAUCCAUUUCUUGCUGAACACAUCGGGAAAUUUGGCCAGUGCGGUAGUGGUCACACGAAUUAUUUAUCGUCUACCAUAUACGAAGAAAUUAUUCAGUUAAUGGCUGAUAAAAUCAGGCAAACAAUUAUUGACGAAAUAAAAACAGUUAAGUAUUAUUCGAUAAUAGUAGAUAGUAGUCCCGAUAUUUCACACGUAGACCAACUAUCCUUCGUUAUUCGUUAUGUUCAAGAAAACGGCGUGCCAAUAGAACGAUUUCUUCAAUUUCUUCCAAACACUGGUCAUAAAGCUAUUGAGUUAUUUGAUUCAGUUAUAAAGCUUCUUAAUUCUUACGAAAUAGAAAUAGAAAAUUGCCGAGGUCAGUCCUAUGACAAUGCCCGAAACAUGUCAGGAAUAUAUUCAGGACUACAGGCAAGGAUUAAAGAGUUAAAUCCUUUAAUUGAAUAUGUACCUUGUUCCGCCGACUCACUGAAUUUAGUAAGAUCUUGUGCAGCUGAUAGUUGUGAUGAUACAUUGACAUAUUUUUCCCUUCUUCAAACAAAAAUAAAAAAAACAGUGAAAACAUUAGCAAACACAAGAUGGUCUUCUCGUGAUGAUGCAUGUAAAAGUCUGAAUAGUUCUUGGAAUGAAAUACGUAAUGCACUGAUAUCAAUAACAAACCAUUUAACAGAAAAGGCAACCACGAUAAAUGAAGCUCGUAGUAUACUUAACAAACUGGAUAGCUUGGAAACGGCGUUUAUGACAGUGUUAUGGGGUUGCCUUCUUGACCGUUUAAACAAGGCUAGUAAACAACUCCAGAGUGUUAAUAUUGAUGUAUCAGUCAUAGUAGAUAUUUAUGAUUCAUUAAUUGAAUAUACAAAAUCAUUAAGAAAUCCAAUUAUAUUCAAUGAGUAUGAAAACAAAGCAAAACUUUUAUCAGUUGUAAAAGAAUAUAAAAAAUCACGAAAUAGAGUACGAAAAUCUUUCCAUGAUGAAACUCGUAAUCAAGAGCAAGAGUUAGAGGGGAGUGACAAAUUUCGAGUAAAAAUAUAUACAGUCAUUUUAGAUUGUUUAACAAAUGAAUUAGAAGAUAGACAAGCAGCGUAUUUCCUUUUUAAUUCGCGUUUUUCUUUUCUUGGCAAAUUAACAGAGUAUAGUGUGGAUGAAAUUAUGGAAUUUGCAAAAAAUUUACAAAAUGUUUAUAAGGAAGAUCUUGAAGAGGAUUUUCCAAAUGAAUGUAUUCAUCUUCAAGCCCACCUUAAAAACAAAGAUAAGAUGUCAAUCCUUCAAUUGUGUAAAUGGCUUAAAGAAUAUGGGUUUUACGAAAUGUAUCCAAACAUAGAUAUAGCAAUUCGUAUUUUUGUGUGUACACCUGCAGCAAACUGUUCAACAGAGCGUUCAUUUUCAUGCUUAAAGCGAAUAAAAACGUACUUGCGUUCACAAAUAAAACAAGAAAGAUUAAACAGCAUGGCAAUUCUAACAAUUGAGUCAAGUCUUCUUGUUUCACUACCAUAUGAAGAUAUUAUAAAAUCGUUUGCAAAUAAAACGGCAAGACGUCAACUUUUUAAGUUAAAAUAG